GGCUAAUAUAAAAACACACUCAGCACAUGCAACUCUCAGAAUCCUCUUCUCCUCAGACGUGCUGAGACCAAAGAAAUACUAAGAGUCUUCAGUAGGUUAUCACACAUACAACUUAAAAUGAAGUUCUGUUUGGGAUUACUUCAACCCGUGGAUCUAAGUCCUCAUGGAUCAACUUGACCUUUCUUUGCUCAAUGCUGUGCAUGUGGACUACUGUAGAGAGCUGGUCCUACUACUACUCUAACACCACCAUGGAUUGGAUGCAAGCUAGAGCCUGGUGCCAGAAGCACUACACGGACAUGGUGGCCAUCCAGAACCAGGGGGAGAUUGAGCAUCUCAACAGUUGGCUGCCCAGGCAACCCACUUACUACUGGAUCGGGAUCCGCAAGAUCAAUAAUGUCUGGACCUGGGUAGGAACCAACAAGGCUCUAACAGCAGAAGCAACCAACUGGGCACGGGCGAACCAACAAUGGCAACAUAGAACAAGUGCAAAGGAGAAUGAGGACUGUGUGGAGAUGUACAUUAAAAGGGAUUCGCAGCCUGGCAAAUGGAAUGAUGAGAGGUGCGGGAAGUUAAAGACCGCUCUGUGCUACACAGCUGCCUGUAAGAACGACUCAUGCCUCUAUGGAGACUGUGUAGAAACCAUCAAUAGCCACAAGUGUGCUUGCUUUGAAGGCUUUUAUGGAGAGGGGUGUGAGCAUGUUGUCAAGUGUAAUGAAGCAGGUGACCGUUCCAUAUAAAGGAAGUGUGGAUUGCAUUCACAAGCAUGGGAACUUCUCCUACGACUCUUUGUGCCAGUAUUCCUGUGAGGAAGGAUACCAGCUGAGUAUGUCCAGACC